AUGGAUGUCAAGAACACAGAGCCACAGAGCACCGAGUUGAUAUCAGCUCUGGCAGCAGGCAUGAAUACACAACUUGUUGUACAAGUGUGGUGGGGCACAAGUGCAACAGACUUCACCAUUGCUCUUACAGCUGCAGCUUGGCAGACUGGCGGCCGCCUCAUUUGCAUUGUGCCAGAACACAAAGCCCUAAUAGAAGCCCAAAAGGCUCUCAACCAAGUGGGCUUCCAUGAAACUACCGAAUUUGUUAUUGGAGAUCCUACUGAGUUGCUACCAAAGUAUAAAAAUGUAGAUUUUUUUCUUGUCGACUGCACGAGAGAGGAUUGUGCGGGCCUCUUUAAGCACUUGAACUUGAAUCCCUCUUACUCUGUGUUGAUUGAAAACAAUGCAUUUGAUAGAAAAGCCACACCUGCUUUUCCCAAAAACAUUAGGAAGAAGAUGGGCGCUAAAUCUACCAUUCUUCCCAUUGGCAAAGGCAUGGAGGUCACUAGAAUUGGGAACAAAAUUCAUGUUUUCCCCUUUGAAACAGCACUGAAUGACAUGGCUAUAGCUGCAAGUCCUGAGAUAAAACCAUGUAAUAAAAGCAAAUGGGUAGUGCAGUUGGACGAACAAACAGGUGAAGAACAUGUUUUCCGAGUAAUGAAACACAGAUGUAAGGCAGGCAAGAAAGCUGUAGAAUGUGGCCUCAACAGACGUGAGGAGUCCCCACUCGAUUAUAUAUGA